CGCCCCUGGUUUUCCCUCCCAUCCCACUUUUUCAACUCCAUGUUUUGCGCACAUGAAAUUUCCACGCGAUGACUAUAGAUCAACAGUUGUCUUCCUUACUACUUAUAAGCAACCAGUUCUUAUUAUUAUAUAUGGCAUAGGAUCGAAGGAUCGAAGCCUGUUGAUUGAUUUUGAGAAGUUUUGAAUCGUGUUUUUGAUCGAACGAUGACGAGUGAUAAGGUGAAGCAAUCAAAUCGAAAGCGAAGAAUUACUAAGGCUGAUGAUACGAGUAAGAGAAGAAGAAGGAAGAGAUGCUGCCGCGAAACCAGUAUGAAGAUGAUACGAUCGCCGCCGGUAAUGUUUCCGUUGCAGAGACUUUACAUGUCUUGUUUAGAUGUUUUCAAAGGCGUUGGCACCGUUCCCUCGCCUUCCGACGACCAGAAGCUCCGCCGUAUUCUCGAUGGUAUGAUGCCAGAAGACUUUGGAUUACCAAGGAAUUUGCAAUUUUUUGAUCCCGAAAACAGCGUAGUAGUAUACACCUCCAUUUACCAGUGCCAUAACUUCUCGUUAUAUAUUUUAUUUUUACCGGAAAAUGCAGUCAUACCUCUCCAUAAUCAUCCAGGAAUGACGGUUUUUAGCAAGCUUUUGGUUGGCAAAGUGCACAUUAAAGCAUACGAUUUAAUUAAUCCUCCAUCUUUAUCUCAACAAAAAUUAGCAUGCUUGAAAGUAGAUAACGUGUUUACAGCUCCAUGCAACACGUGUGUAUUGUACCCAACAUCAGGAGGCAACAUACAUGCCUUCACAGCUGUUACGCCAUGCAUGAUUCUGGAUGUGGUCGGACCUUCGUACUCAAAAAAAGAUGGUCGAGACUGCUCUUACUAUAAAGAAAUCCCGUACAUUGUAUCAUCUUCAUGUGAAGAAACGACGAUUCCAGAAGAAGAAGGAAAGUGCUACCAAUGGUUAGAGGAGAUCGAGAAGCCUAAAGAGUCGGAAAUGGAUAGAAUCGAGUAUCUUGGUCCUCAGAUCAUUGAGGUUGAAGCAUAGAUUGUGUGUGUUCAUCAAGCGUUUUCUUUUUCCCUUGUUUCUUUAGCAUUUUGUGUGUUUGGAAGAUCAAUCGUAUAGUUAUAGAAAAUAUCUUGUGACAUUUAUUUGGAGUUUUGUUGUUGGUUUGUGUUAUGUAUAUUGUAUCUUUUCGUAUAAAGGA